AAAGAUUAAGGAAAUACACAGUCUCAGUCUCAGUCUCGGACUCAGACUCUCACUUUCAGCUUCUUCUUCCUUCGUUUCUGUUUGUAAUCAGGGAAAAAGAAAAUGGGAAGAGGAAAGUUCAAGGGCAAGCCCACCGGCCACCGCCACUUCUCUACUCCCGAAGAGCUCCUUGCUGGUACCUCUGCUCGUCCCCGUACUUUUAAGAAGGAAGUGGCUGAAGUGGAGGAAGAGGAAGAAGAAGAGUCUGAGGAGGAAGUAGAAGAAGAAUCUGAGAAGCGAAAAGGGACCCAAGGGCUUAUUGAGAUUGAGAAUCCAAAUUUGGCUAAACAAAAGAAUGUGAAAGCUAGAGAUGUUGAUGUGGGGAAAACAACUGAACUCUCGAGGCGUGAAAGAGAGGAGAUAGAAAAGCAAAAAGCGCACGAGCGAUAUAUGAAGCUGCAGGAACAAGGGAAAACUGAACAAGCAAGAAAAGAUUUAGAGCGCUUAGCCCUGAUAAGGCAACAAAGGACAGAGGCUGCUAAGAAGAGAGAAGAAGAGAAGGCUGUGAGAGAACAAAAGAAAGUUGAAGCUCGCAAAUAACCAGGGGAUUUGUUGUGCCAAGUAGGAGAGUUGUUCUUGCUUCCCUCUGUGUUCCAAGUUUGAACAUCUAGAUUACUGUUUCUAGAGUUCUUCCAUUGCUAGUUCAGGUUUAGCUCAGAAUUCAAGUGAUGCUACUUAAAGUUUGGAUUAUGAGAUCAAAGUUAGAUACAAAGCUAGCUCUCUUGUACUACAAGAAAAGAAAGUAAAUGCAUAGCUUCCCCAUUAGUCCUUUCCUUUUCUUUAAAAGGGAACAAACUGGCAUGCUCGUUGAAUGGCUUGCGAACAAGUUUGGUUUAAAG